AAUGAUCGAAAACGGCAAUUUGGUCUAUCCGAUACGCUCUGUCAUCAGUGAACUCGGGGGAAUAGCAAAAGAGGAUAAACGCACCUAGGAACAACUAAAUCCCUGCUCUCUAAGAGGUAUGGUACUGUUACGGUCCGUUUCGAUUAUACCGUCGUCAUUUUCAACACGCAGUGGAGCGGAGAGCGGUUUCCAAACCGAGGUCUAUCAUUAUCCGAUGGAAGGAAGUGCAUCGAAGUCGGUCACACACAGAAAACCGCCCGUGAUAAAGAUAGAAGAUGACGAUGUCGCUCUUGACGAGAAACGGGAUGCUGGGUGCAAUAAACCUACAGACGAGACCCCUGGAAAACCUACUGUACCCGUAAAGGCCUCAUCAACAACUAUGAAGAGCCUUAAUACGGCUGGUGCGAAAAAUGUUUCGAAAGCACCAGCUUCGGUGGUUGCCAAGGCCGAAACGAAUGCCACUGAAUCUAAAGACAAGGCCACCAUAAAACAAAAGGGAAUGGGGCACAGGGACGGUAAUGAAACAACAUGUAGUGAUGCUUUCGAUGCUAUAGCCGACAUAGCUUCAAAAGCUCACGUUCGCUCGAAGAGAAGAAAAAGAGCUCGCUUCGACAAAGGUACCGACGCGUUUAUAAAGGACUGUUCAAGAUCUCAGGUGACCAGCAAUGCGUCAGCCUCAACGCUGAUGGCAAUGUCAUGCCAUCCGCCUACAGUCGUAACUGCUUCCAUAAGCAACCAUUACGUUCCUCCUCGAUUGAUCAGCGGUACGGGGUUGGCAAAACAAAAUGGAUCUACCAAGAAUAAAGACUACAGUUCACGCCUGGACAGCCAUAGCUCGGGAAACAAGAAUAAAGUCUCGGUGCAUAUGUUGAACUCUGUUGGCCUCGAAUGCGGAGAUGAUGGUGUACUGCAACUCGAACACUUCGAUGACGACGAGGAGAUUCCCAGCACCCAUGCCGAUGAUACCGACGGUGACAAAGCUGCCGCAAUCAAGGCCGAAAAUAACGCCGGAGGUGACGAGAAUUGUGAUACAUCGAACAACAUGCUUGCUGUGACAAAAAACAAGCCGCCACAAUGGUCAUUGGAACAGCACAAGGCCUUCGCUGCGGCGAUAUUCGAAAUCGGCCUCAAGAAUUGUUCCCCUUCGGUCAUCAUGGAGAAUAUGAGGAAGCAGCCGAGAUACAUAACUCGUGAAAGAACCAAGAGUCACCUCCAAAAGUAUCGCCAGACGAAGGAGAGAGGCAGGGCCGAAUUCCUAAAGGAAUAUGAUGUGUUUUUCAAGUCUAUCGAGCAAGCCAAAGCCCAUCUCAAUCGUAAGAACUGCAUCUCUCCGUCCUCCGACGAGAAGGAACCCAGCGCGUGCAGCGACACAAAGGGAAAUAAUGUAAAUCAUAAGGAGCCAAUCCCAAAGGCCGUUCUAACGACUGCAUUGGAAGGAAAGAAACCCAAUAAGUUGCUUGGUGGCAAGGCCGCCGCGCUGCUGUCCUAUUCCGUCCUGAACAACUUUAGUACCAGCCACGGUCCGGACCAAUUGCAAUACAAGGCUGCUAAGCUGAUGGAAUUCCCAAUCAUGUCGGAAGAAGAGAAAAGAUCCUCGGUCGGCGCCUCCCUCUUGCAAGUAAAAUCUCUUAUUGACAACAUGACGGAUGCGUUGUUAAAGCAACGCCACGGGAUCUCCCCCAUUCCCGCUCACAAAACUGGAAAUGGAGACGAAGAAUCAGAUUCCUCGUCAAGCUGCUCUUCCGAGGACGGAUAUUCGGAAGAUGAGGAAGACAACGUCGAAGGGAAUGCUGCUAAUAACAAACAACAAAUUAACAAAUCUCUCAGCAAAGAUCAGGACCCAGCGACUGCUGCCGUCCCUACGCAGCAGACCGGCCCAUUCGCCACAGCCACUGCUGCUCCAGGUCAUCCAUUUUAUCGAGGACCUACAACAGCAUAUCCACCACCUUAUCCGGCACCGGUUGCUCCGGCUUCCGUGGGUACGGGAUUUGCUCUGCCAUAUCCACAUGCACCCCCGUCGUUCUAUGGCGGCGCACCUCCUCCUCCUCAUCUACAGGCUGCUGCUGCUCCUCCUCCUGCAUUUGGAGCUCCAGUGGCGUUCGCCGCUCAUCCCAUGCACUACACCCAAGAUGCCCGAAUUAACCCCUAUCAGCAAGCGCCUCCGGGGCAGGUUGGGGCUUAUCCAGGGGUUCCUCCCAUUCAACCAAAUUACUACCCCGGUGUGGCCGGAUACCCCGCAUAUUAUGGCAACACGGGCGAAGGUGGCAUGGCUCCUACCGUCAAUGGAAGCAAUCCCAGCACAGAGUAUAAUCGACCCCCUCCUCAACCUUCGUAUCCGCAACAGACUGGCAGUUCUCAACAGCAUCAGCAACAGCGUGUGUACGAUCAAUCUCCGUCGCACUCGAACGAAGGCCGAGGCGAGAGAAGGACCUUCGAUCUGAGCGGCGACAGCCCAACCGAUGCAAGUAACCGAAGACGUUCAGAGAGGCGAUCGAAACGCCGCCGAACAAGAGAUCACCACAGCGAAAAUCGCUCGGUUGAUACCCGCAACAUGCCAAGGAAGAGUCGCGACGAUUUCAGAGACUUUCUGGAUCGCCUUUCCAGAAUGCCGUCUCCCGAUAAGGCUCCACAAAGAACCUCCUCGUCUCCGGUGCAACGAUCGUCCCGAGGCCACGAAAAAUUCAAAUCAAGCCCUUCCUCCAUGCACCCCGACGACGCCCUACCGAAAACUUCGGAAAGGCAAUCCCGACACCACGGGCAACAAUAUGAAAGGCAGCACUAUGACCGGCAGUUCGAAUCCUCUGGACAAUCGAAAUCUUAUGCCAAAGAUUUUGAAAGCCCGGCGGGUGAUCCCUUUUCAGAAAGCGAGGCGAGCCGUUUUGCCAGUCCAUACGAAGCCAGCCCUAUCGACAACGCUCUCAACGAACGUCAGAGUCAGGGUCAUGUCAGCCAGGAUCAGCAACAGCAACAACUGAAACAGAAUGACAUCAAUGGUCAGUUUUGGGAGUCGUCCAACUUCAUGGGAACCGAAUACAACGACCAGCAGCAGCAAAAUGCUGGCGGUGGAGACUUUCACCAACAGCCAGCUCAACCGGACGUAUUCGUUCCUGUAACUCACAAUCGUCGAUAUGGCAAUUCACUUUCGUCACCGGAAGGCGAAGCGACGGGGAAUUUCUUCUUCGGGGAAUAGAGAGAGUCCGCAAUGCCACAGCACUCUUGUGCCCAAUCAGAGCAGCUGCAUUGACGAAUGGAUAUGUACAUGUAGCUGUCACUCGAAUCCCCAAAACUGAAAUCCAAUGUACAAAACAAUAGACCAGGCUAGAACCCAUUGUAUCUCUGUAUUUUUCGCUACAACAACCUGCCUUGAUGUGUUUUCAUCUCCGUGUUCCUCUCCGCUAGCCCAAGGACCGUUCAGUGUUAUUCUGGAAUUGUGUUGUUUCGAAGAAGAUUGAUUUCUUCCCUCAAAUUGUCUUCCGCCCGGGUCUCGAAGGCCUCCCGAAAUGCAUUUGUCAGAUACACGUGCUUCGCCCCCGUGGUGGUACCACUCUCGUUGCUGGUCUCACUUAGAAAAUUUUCGAGAAUGUCGGCUCGGGCGCUGCAAUAGACAUCUCGAGGGACGAAAUUGUACUCCUUGCGUACCAGAGCCGCGUAUUUCAUAUAGGCGGUGCCAUGCUUUCCCAGUACCGCCAUGUCAAUGUCCAAAAAGUGCUUUUGCAUCGCCACGAAUUCGUCCUCCUCCCGGCCAUUGGCUAGCACUUGGUGUUUCUCGGUUGCCAGGAUCAUUGUCAGCACGGCGUUGCACGUUGUACUGUCCAUGGCGACUGCCUUGUCAGCGUGCACAAAGGCUCGAAACAAUUCAGCGCUGUCCUUUUCGUUUCGCUUCGACCUGGGAUCGUAGAUUGAAUCGUGAAAGAGCACCGCCCAGGCCAUCGGAACAUACCAUCCGGGAGCAGAAGGGUUCACGCAAGCAUUGGCAACGAUGUCGAGCAGCUCGAACAUUUCCCAGAGAUGAACCGCGGUGUGGUAGUACCUUCCGGCUUCCGUGUGUUUCUCGUAGAGGGUUCGAAACCAACCAUCGGUGGCUUCGGUUUUGGCCUUGCCCGUAGUAGCCAAGACCAGUUCGUUCCACCGCUCUUCCAGUCUCUGCCUCAGAUCUGUACCACCCGGGCGAUAGUCGCAACCGCGUUCGGGAUCGAAGCUACCGUUCCUGGUGACAUGAAGUGCCUCUUCUAGGGCUGUGGCCAAUGCAGCAUGGUCUGCCUGGGGUGAUGCUGUGGUGUCCUUUUUCUGCUCAAUGCCCGGGUGGUUGCCUCGCUCGCCGUUGUAGGUUCUGUUCAUUUCUGAUAGUGAAUUGUACGUGACCUAGAGAAUCAGAAGACUAAUGU